AUGGGAGAAUUGUUUGCAAUUUCGCAAUCUUCUAUUCUGCUACCACAAGCUCCUAGUCGAGGGCGGCAUUACUCUGUUGGAUUUCAUCGGGCAUCUUCCACGGCUUCAUCUGUACGUUUCUUGAGGACCAGGUCGGAGCCUGCGGUGUUUUUUCCGACGAUUUCGGCCCAAGCACUGCAGCAGAAGCGCUUUUCCUGGGGAAUUAGAUCUGCUGACUCUGAAGUGCCGCCCACACUUACCGUCGAGUCGGCAAGUGACGGGAACGAGAUCCAACCAGAUUCUAGUGGCGGUGGAGACGAGUUUGGAGGUGUAAGUGGCGGCGGCGGCAGAGGACGAGGCAACAACUGGGGCAAUAAUAAUAACGAGGGCGAAGGAGGAUCUGACGAAAGUGAGGACACCAGCAAGAAGAAGAUGGCCAUGUCAAUGUCCCAGAAGUUAACACUGGGCUACGCUGCCCUGGUCGGUGGUAAGUCUCCUUACACUGUUGGACGUGAUAAGCGAUGA